AUGUGUAGAGGAUUUUGGAUAUAUUCUGAUCGACGUGGAGUUCAUUGUUGGAUUUGUGAUGAACGUGCUCGUAAAUUGAAUAAUGAUGAAAGAAAAGCAAUUGGUGGUGCCCAACAACAUUAA